AUGCGCGGCAGCCAGAGAUGGCGGCUGUUGGUCCUGCUGCUGCACCUGUUGCUGCAGCAGCAGCAGCUGCUGCAGCGAACCGUGGGAUACCGUGUGCCCCUGCAGCAGCAGCUGCAGCAGCAGCAGCAGCAGCAGCAAUGCAGCAGCGCUGCGUCAGCAGCCCCGACGGCCUUCCUGCACUCGCCUUUAGGGCUUCCUUGCAUGCGCUUCCGUAGCAGUAGCAGCAGCAGCAGCAGCAGCAGCAGCAGCAGCAGCAGAAGCAGCAGCAGCAACAGGAGAAGCAAAGGGAGUAUCGCGGGGCGGCCUCCUUAUGAACAGCCUGCAGCAAUAGGAGGAGUUGGUACUGCAGCAGCAGGAGCAAGAGCAGCAGCAGCAGCAGCAGAAUCAGCAGCAGCAGCAGAACCAGCAGCAGCAGCAGCAUCACCACAACUAUACACUUCCUCACUCACCAGCAGCAGCAGCAACAGCAGCAGCAGCAGCAGCAGCAGCAACAGCAGCAGCAGCAGCAGCAGCACAGGAGUUGGAACUGCAGCAGCAGGAGCAAGAGCAGCUGCAGCAGCAGCACCAGCUGCAGCAGCAGCAGCAGCAGCAGCAGAAUCAGCAGCAGCAGCAGAACCAGCAGCAGCAGCAGCAUCACCACAACAACAACCACAACCGGCAUCAGCAGCACCAACAUCAUCAUCAUCAGCAGCAGCAGCAGCAACGACAGCAGCAGCAGCAGCAACAGCAGCAGCAACAGCAGCAGGAGCGUUUGCUCUGCCUCUCAAUCUCCGGGAAUACUACCAGCGAAAUUUGCAUAUUAACGAGCCCAACAAUCCCCUCUCUAUUAUACACACCAAAGUCAUACACUUCCUCACUCACCAGCAGCAGCAACAGCAGCAGCAGCAGCAACAGCAGCAGCAGCAGCAGCAGGAGAAGCAUCAGCAGGAGCGGCCGCAGCAGGAGAAGCAUCAGCAGGAGCAGCAGCAGCAGGAGCAGCAGCAGCAGGAGCAGCAGCAGCAGGAGCAGCAGAAAGAGCAGCAGCAGAAAGAGCAGCAGCAGUAUCAGCAGCAUCAGGAGCAGCAACAGCAGCAGCAGCACCAGCAGCAGAAGGAGCAGCAGCAGCAGUAUCAGCAGCAGCAGCAGCAGCAGCAGCAGCAGCAGGACGCUGGGGCCCCCCUGGGGGGCCCCCCUGGGGCACCCCAGGGGGCCCCUCUCCUGGUUUCCCCUCUUAAGGGGGCUCCUCUUCAGGGGGCCCCUACCCAGGGGGCCCCUCUCAUGGGGGGCCCCCCUACGGGGGCCCCUCUGGUGGGGGGCCCCUCUAGUACGGGGGCCCCUCUGGCCGGGGGGCCCCCUGCGGGGGCCCCUAUGGUGGGGGGGCCCCCUGCGGGGGCCCCCUUGACGGUGGUUGUGAGUGGUGAGGUGUAUCGGCGGGAUGCCAUCGAUCGAUUGCAUUUUCCUAUAUUUCAUCAAAUGGAAAUAUUUCGAAUUGUGCCAGAAGGAGUAAACGCAGAAGAAGAUCUUAAAAAAGUGGUUGGGGGUUUGUUGAGCUUUCUGCUGCCUGGCCGUCAGUGGCGUUUGCUGCGGGAUGAAUUUCCAUUCACAAACCCCUCAAUACAAGCAGAGGUGUUGGGGGACGACGGGCGUUAUGUGGAGCAGCAGCAGCAGCAGCAGGAGCAGCAGGAGCAGCAGCAGCAGCAGCAGGAGCAAAUCCAGCAGCUGCAGCAGCACCAAAAGGAGCACGAACCCCACCAUCAUCAGCAGCAACAGCAGCAACAGCAGCAACAGCAGCAGCAGCAGCAGCAGCAGCAGUAA